AUGGGGUCUGAGGGCAGGGCAGCGAGACCCGAGCGGUAGCAGGUGGGACGGUGCGCUCACUGGGCCUCGCCUCCGCAGGGGGCGCUCGUCUCCGGGGCGUGGCCUCGCGCAGCCCCGCCCUCCUCGCCGGCCACCGCCAGGCCGGUGCCUCGCAGCGGCGGCGCCGACAUGGCUGCGCUGGUGGAGCCGCUGGGGCUGGAGCGGGACGUGUCCCGGGCGGUGGAGCUCCUCGAGCGGCUCCAGCGCAGCGGGGAGCUGCCCCCGCAGAAGUUGCAGGCCCUCCAGCGAGUCCUGCAGAGCCGCUUCUGCUCUGCCAUCCGGGAGGUGUAUGAGCAACUCUAUGACACGCUGGACAUCACCGGCAGUGCUGAGAUCCGGGCCCACGCCACAGCCAAGGCCACGGUGGCCGCCUUCACAGCCAGUGAGGGCCACGCACAUCCCAGGGUAGUGGAACUGCCCAAGACGGAUGAGGGCCUGGGCUUCAACAUCAUGGGGGGCAAGGAGCAGAAUUCGCCCAUCUACAUCUCCCGUGUCAUCCCUGGAGGCGUGGCUGACCGCCACGGAGGCCUCAAGCGUGGGGACCAGCUGCUGUCAGUGAAUGGUGUGAGCGUUGAGGGUGAACAGCAUGAGAAGGCAGUGGAGUUGCUGAAGGCUGCCCAGGGCUCGGUGAAGCUGGUGGUGCGCUAUACACCUCGAGUGCUGGAGGAGAUGGAGGCCCGCUUUGAGAAGAUGCGCUCUGCCCGGCGGCGCCAGCAACAUCAGAGCUACUCGUCCUUGGAGUCUCGAGGCUGAAACCACAGAUCUGGACCCUCACCCCCUCCCCUGUACAGUAUUUAUUGUCACCAGCUCCUUAUUUAAAGAUCUU